AUGGCGCAACAUAAUCUCAUAGAGGCUCUAAAAGACUUGGUGGAUACUAUUGCAACCUCAUAUGCUGAUCUGUUGGGAGAGCAGCUUACUGAUGAACAUCAUCAAACGUGUUCACGAGUGUGCAACGAUACCAUUGAGUACUUCAACACAAUAUUACUGGAUCCUGGGACAACAAUUCAAGUGAGACGAAGUGUUCAAGCACACAUCAACCAACUUAACUGGUUUGCCGAUCAGUUCUCCAGACUCGGUAACCAAGUAAUUGGUGGAGACCUCAACCAAGGAGUUAAAUGGCAGAACCUGGAGAAUGCUUUCGCUGGUAACAUCCAGACUGGAUGUGUCAUCAACCAACGUCAUAAAGAUCCAGCAUCAUUUCUCCAGGUCUCACGGGACAUCAUCAUCAACAAGGUACAGAGUGUCUUGAGAGAUCUGGCAGGGCUGAAAGUGAAUGUGGAAUUCUUCUGCACAUUCCGGAAACAUCAACAAGACAUAGAAGAACGAAAAUCUUUCAUGACCAAAAGCCGUAAGAUACUCCCUGCCACAUCUCUUCAGGAUUGGUACACUGAGCAUGUGUAUGAGAAGUUGAAGCAUGUUAAUUACACUAAUAAUUUAGAUAAUAUUGAGUUUGUCUAUCACUUUGCAUGGAUACAUAAUCUUUCUGGAUUAAUUACAAGUCAAAUAUCUCUAGGUAGACAUAAAUUGUACUUUUGUGAUCGGUGUUUGAAUCAUUUUAAACUAGAAAAA